AUGGACAAGCACGAGACCGCUGAAGAAACAGCUGCAGGGGUGGAGAAAAGGGAGGCCCCCGACGGACGGAUGGAAAAUGCGGCCGACGUUGGGAUUCCCAUUUCAGAGGUAGUGCAUUCAACAUCUCUUGCAGCACGCCAGGGUCCGGUUGGCCCAAACGAAUCCACUACGGACACGGAGCCUCCGGCCUCCUUCACGCCACCGUUGUCCAUGUCGUUUCCCCCAGGUGGCUCUGAGAUUUCGGCGGAGAAAGCGGUCCCCCAGGGUUUCUCCGACGGCUCAGUCACGGACACCAACUGUCUCAUCUGCGUUAACCAGUACAGCCUUAGCCGGCUGCCCAAGCUCCUCGCUUGCCAGCACGUCUUCUGCGCUGUCUGCCUGAAGCUUCUCGUACACCACGAAGGCGACGCGUGGAGAAUCAGUUGUCCCGUCUGUCGGAAAGCCACCACCGUCUUCGGAGGCCUCGUCUGCAGCCUGCGCACGAAGGAGGAGGCUUUCCAGGGGUCUUUGCCCAACCCCGGUCCAAACGGAGAGGCGGCGUUCUCCCUGGACGCUCAGGGCGCGAAGCACCAGCCUCACAGCAUUUUCUAUAUUGACCCAGAUGUUGAAGUCAGCAAUAACAAUAGGGUGGCCACCAAGAGACUCCUCUUCCUCCUGUUGCUCUUAGUGUUCCUUGUCAUCCUUGCGCUUCCCUUCCUGUACGCCGGACUGCUGAAGUGGGCCCUUUGUUUUGCCGUCGGUUGGGGCCUGGCAAUGUCUGGGGUGCUGUGUUGGAACCCAAACAGCUGUGCAGCUGCUCAGACGUUUCCAUCUCAUCCUGGCCAAAGAGAGCCGUCCACAUCACACUCACCGUCUGAAAAAUUCUGA